GGCCGCUGCGCUCCGCCUUCCUGGCCCCGCCCCCGGCUCCAUCUUGCUGGCGACCAGUGUUGGGCUGUAACGCUGCUCCCCGGGGUCAGAAUGUCAUACCCAGGCUAUCCCCCAACAGGCUACCCACCUUUCCCUGGAUAUCCUCCUGCAGGUCAGGAGUCAACUUUUCCCCCUCCGGGUCAGUAUCCUUAUCCUACUGGCUUUCCUCCAGUGGGAGGAGGUGCCUACCCACCAGCCCCAAGUAGUGGCUAUCCAGGAGCUGGAGGCUACCCUGCCACUGCAGGCUAUCCAACCCCUGGAGGCUAUCCUGGUGCCCCACCACCAGGGGGAGCUCCAUCCUAUCCUGGAGUUCCUCCAGGCCAAGGGUUUGGAGCCCCCCCACCAGGUGGAGCAGGCUUUUCCAGCUAUCCACAGCCACCCUCACAGUCUUACGGUGGUGGUCUACCACAGGUCCCACUACCUGGUGGCUUUCCUGGAGGACAGAUGCCUUCUCAAUAUCCUGGAGGACAAGGUCCUUACCCAAGUCAGCCUGCCGCAAUGACUCAGGGAGCUCAAGGAACAAUCCGACCAGCUGCCAACUUUGAUGCCAUGAGAGAUGCAGAAAUUCUUCGGAAAGCGAUGAAGGGUUUUGGGACAGACGAGCAGGCAAUUGUGAAUAUUGUGGCCAACCGUUCCAAUGACCAGAGGCAAAAAAUUAAAGCAGCUUUUAAGACCAUGUAUGGCAAGGAUUUAAUCAAAGACCUCAAAUCAGAGUUAAGUGGAAAUAUGGAAGAACUAAUCCUUGCCCUAUUCAUGCCACCUACAUAUUAUGAUGCCUGGAGUUUACGGAAUGCAAUGAAGGGAGCAGGAACUCAGGAACGUGUAUUGAUUGAAAUUUUGUGCACAAGAACAAAUCAGGAAAUCCGAGAAAUUGUCAGAUGUUAUCAAUCAGAAUUUGGACGAGACCUUGAAAAGGACAUUAGAUCAGAUACAUCAGGACAUUUUGAACGUUUACUUGUAUCCAUGUGCCAAGGAAAUCGUGAUGAGAAUCAGAAUGUUAACCACCAGCUGGCUCAGGAAGAUGCUCAACGUCUCUAUCAAGCUGGUGAGGGGAGACUAGGGACAGAUGAAUCUUGCUUUAACAUGAUUCUUGCCACAAGAAGCUUUCCUCAGCUGAAAGCUACCAUGGAGGCUUAUUCCAGGGUGGCUAAUCGAGAUUUACUAAGUAGUGUUGCCCGUGAAUUUUCCGGAAAUGUUGAAAGUGGUUUGAAGACCAUCUUGCAGUGUGCCCUGAACCGCCCUGCCUUCUUUGCUGAGAGGCUCUACUAUUCUAUGAAAGGUGCCGGCACAGAUGACUCCACCCUGGUCAGGAUUGUGGUCACUCGAAGUGAGAUUGAUCUUGUACAAAUAAAACAGAUGUUCAAACAGAUGUAUCAGAAGACCCUGAGCACAAUGAUUGUAAGUGACACAAGUGGAGAUUACCGAAGGCUUCUGCUGGCCAUUGUGGGCCAGUAGGAGGGAUUUUUAAAUAAACGAAGCUCUUCACAGCAUAUCCUUCAAAGCAGUGGCUGACCUGCAUGCAGCAAUAUCAACCAUCACCAAACCAAAAGAGCUUUUUACUAAGCAUUGUGUCAGGGUAUUGUGCUUGGUUUGCACAUGUGGUUAUUGCCUUAAUUCCAUUGUUAUUUUUUUCUCUAUAUACAAUCAAUGUGAAGCCAUAUCACAAUGAUGUAGUAUUAACGCAAUAUUUGUAAGGCAUAAUUCUCACUGUUCUUACUCUAAUCAGGGUCCCAAAUUGAAUAAAAAUCACAGCAAUCUCUAAUUCUGUGUAAUAAUGAUGAAUAAAAAAAAAAAGUUGCUGAAACUCUGCCUUCCAAAGCCCCAUAGGUCCAUUGGACAGUUAUAGUUGGUAGUAUAUCAAAACUAUAUUUUUAAAAAAUUCAGCUCUUUUGACAUAGAAGAGUAAUUUGCAUCUUAUUUUACAUAAAUUGGUAUUUUAUAUUUAUAAACACUAAACUUUCCACAUAGUGAAUAGAUGAGUAUUGCCUGUAACAACUUUUUAAAAAGGGAUUAUAUGUUUAUGUGCAUAAAAUAUAUAGCCUACUUUUUUUUGUCUACUAAAAUUCUCUAAAGAUCUUUAUUGGCCCUUGGCUUUAAAAAAAAAUUAUGAAAUAGCUUCUCGGCCUUUUAGCUAAGAUCAAGUGUAAAAAAAAAAAAUUAUGACUUUAAGAAUUAGUUGUAAUUUAAUCAUGAUUCAAGAAAGUGAAGCUUCACAUGUAGGAGGUGUUCAGUUAAUGAGUGAAUGAAGCUUAAAGCAUCACUGGGAAAAUUGAGUGCUAGCUCUUUGGAGAAGUGUUCAGGAGCUCAGUUAGUGGUAUAUGAGGAUGAUUGCAACACCCAUUGGUUUACCCCCAGUACUGAGCAAUUACUUAUUGAGUAUAUUGAGCAUUAUAAUGGGUAGCCAGGAGAAAUAUGAAGGGAGGAAAUUUAUAAUAUACUGGGGGUUCUAAAUAAAAAGACACCAAAAAAAAGUGGCAAAUGUUAGAUUAUAAAUUCUGCCGAGAGGAGAACCGUAGUUCUUUGUGUGAAGCUCCCUGGCACAAAGCAGAAAUUUAAUAGAUUUUACGAAUGAUUGUACUAAGAACUGAGGAGAAGAAUAGUAAAUAUGAAUUAUAAUUCAAUGAACAGUUUUGUGUAAAUACCAAGGGGCAUAUAAGUUGGCAUAAGAUACAACCUUACUCUUAGAUAGACCUAUGUAAGAUACAUGGGUAGAAGGACAAUGGGUUAAGAUGGAUGUUAAUUAUUUUUUUUUAAAAAAGUAUCAUUGAGGGUUGCCUGGGUGGCUCAGUUGGUUAAACGUCCGACUCUUGAUUUCGACUCAGGCCAUGAUCUCACGGUUUGUGGGAUCGAGCCCCACAUGGAGCUCUGCGCUGAUAGUGAGGAGCCUGCUUGGGAUUCUCUCUCACCACCUCUCCCCUACUUGCACUAUCUCCCUCUCAAAAAUAUAUAAACAUAUAUUUUAAAAGUAUCACUGAAAAAGUUCAGUUUGGAUGUAGGUUUUAAAAAAGUAACAGUGAUGAGAUUUGGUAAAGAUGAGAAAUGGGGGUAAGGUAUUAAGGAAAGAAAAGAUAUCAAUAAAAUAUAUUUUUUAAACCUUUUGAAAAUUAGAUAUAAUUCAUAUACCAUUCACCUUUUUAAAGUGUACAACUCGGUGGUUUUUAGCAUAUUCACAAAUCUGUGCAAUCAUCACCAUAAUCAAUUUUGAACAUUCUUAUCACCCAAAAAGAAACUUUGUACCUAUCAGUAGUCACUCCUCAUUCCCCCUCCUCCUGUCCAGCCCGUGGCAAUCACUAAUCUACUUUGUCUUUCUAUGGACUUGCCAAUUUUGGACUUUUCAUAUGAAUGGAAUCAUUAAAUAUGUGACCCUUUGUGUCUGGCUUCUUUCAGUUAGCAUACUGUUUUUUCAGGUCCAUCUGUGUUGUGGUAUGAAUCAGUCUUCACUCUGUUUUAAGGCUAAAUAAUCCACUGUAACAAGGACACACAUUUUUUUUUUGUCCAUUCAUCAACAGAUGGACAUUUGGGUUGUUUUUACCUUUUAACUAUUAUGAAUAAUGUUGCUGUGAACAUUUAUGUACAAGUUUUUAUGUGGACAUGUUUUCGGUUCUCUUGGCCAUGGAACUAGGAGUGGAAUUGCUGAAUGAUAUACUAUCUUUAUAUUUAGCUUUCUGAGGAUCUGCCAGACUGUUUUCCAACAGCUGCACCAUUUUACAAUCCUACCAGCAGUGAUCCCAGUUUCCAAUUUUUUUUUUUUUUUUUUUUUUUUACUAAAUUUCUCUU